AUGGACCAGACUCGGUCACGACCAGCAGAAUGGAUGGACCAGACUCGGUCACGACCAGCAGAAUGGAUGGACCAGACUCGGUCACGACAAGCAGAAUGGCUGGACCAGACUCGGUCACGACAAGCAGAAUGGAUGGACCAGACUCGGUCACGACAAGCAGAAUGGCUGGACCAGACUCGGUCACGACAAGCAGAAUGGAUGGACCAGACUCGGUCACGACAAGCAGAAUGGAUGGACCAGACUCGGUCACGACAAGCAGAAUGGAUGGACCAGACUCGGUCACGACAAGCAGAAUGGCUGGACCAGACUCGGUCACGACAAGCAGAAUGGCUGGACCAGACUCGGUCACGACAAGCAGAAUGGCUGGACCAGACUCGGUCACGACAAGCAGAAUGGCUGGACCAGACUCGGUCACGACAAGCAGAAUGGCUGGACCAGACUCGGUCACGACAAGCAGAAUGGCUGGACCAAGUCUAUAUUUAG